CACUUCCCAGGGCCUCCGCCCGGGAGGAGGAGGAGGGUUCGGCCUGGCGCGAGCCCCGCUGCUGCCAGUCUCCCUCAGGCUGGGCUGAGGGCGGUGGGAGUAUGGAGCAGGGGCUGUCCGCCAUCACUCUGUAUUGCGCCCCAGCCGCCGUCGCUGUCACCGCCUUCGCCAUGGAGCAAGAGCAGUUGCAUGUAAAUGGCGAUAGAGGCUUUGAGAAUGUGGAACUUGGAGUCAUCGGAAAAAAGAAGAAAAUUCCAAGAAGGGUCAUCCACUUUGCAAGUGGAGAAACCAUGGAAGAAUACAGCACAGAUGAAGAGGAGGAUGAGCAGCAGGAGAAAAAAGACCUCUUGCCUUCUGUUGAUCCAGCAACACUAACUUGGGGGCCCUAUUUGUGGUUUCAGAUGCUAAGAGUAGCCACAUCAACACUAUCAGCGUGUGACUUCCUUGGUGAAAAGAUUGCCUCUGUUUUGGGAAUCAGUACGCCAAAAUACCAGUAUGCCAUAGAUGAAUACUACAGAAUGAAGAAAGAGGAAGAGGAAGAGGAGGAAGAGAAUAAGAUGUCAGAAGAAGCAGAAAGAAGGUUUCAAGAGCAGCAGAACCAGAGUCAAGAGGGGACUGCUGUCCAUACAGCUCAGCCAGAGGCUACAACCUGUAGUACAUUUGUAAAUCUCAACUUUGAAACAGAAGGAGAUCGUCCGCUUGUUGAGGAAAGCAAACAAGAUAUUACUCCAGUGUCUGCUUAGAAUGAGAACGUUGCAUUAGAAUUCUUUGGGUAGAAUCUAACGGUGUCUGGUUGUCACUGGAAUGGACUUCUGUUCAUGCAGUAGGGUUUCUCCAGCCUCCCCUUCAAUCUGAGCUCCUGAAAUCUGCUUUGAAUGGCUGUAGUGGGGAAGAGAGGCAGGAGAAAUCCUGCUGCUUGAGCGGAAGUCUGCUUGUGUGACAUUGGUUAUCACACCCUAUUUCUUAAUUGUCAAAUGUUUGUAGGCUCUGUUAUGCAUGUUCAAUGGAAUGUAACUUAUUUCAAAGUAUGGUCAGAGAUAUCAACGUCUCUUCAGCCAACAUCUGUCUAAUAAAGGCUAAGACAUUUUGCUUAACCUAUUAGAUUAUGAAAUGCAAAUAACUGGUCCUGUGAUCUAUCUAUGCAGAACAAGUGAAAUGUUUUUCCUGAACAUCUGGUGCCUUGUUGACAGUUGUGGACUGAUCACUGUGCUUUUUUGUUUUAAGGUCAUUUUGCAUUUAUAAUGUUACUUAUUGAAACCUAGGUGAAAGUUUAGACUAAUGGCAACUAAUUCACAAGGCAUCUUUGUGACUUAGUUUAUUGUCACUUUUGUGUGUGUGUGUGUGUGUGUCCAGUCAUAUAGUUUAAAAUAAGGCGACUUUGUUUAAUGCCUGUUAAAAGAAACAACUGUAUAAAAGAACUUUUCUGAAAACUCAAUCUCAUAAAGGACUGUCCUGUUGAGGGGUCCCUAAAGCAUGUUCUCAUUGCUUAGUUGGAAGAGUAAGAGUAAUAUACAGAGUAAGUUCACAUUGUAAUCUCUGACUUUAUUAUGUGUGUUGGGAAGGAUAGUCUGGAUAGGAGAUGGUAUGCUGAUAAAAUGAUGGCUCUAAAUAUUGGGUGUAGUAAAAAACAAAAGUAGUGAGGUAUGCUAAAUUAUUUUGCAUACCCUUGCAGUGUUUUAUUCAUUCUGAGUUAAACAGACACUGUUUCAGUGACAGAACUUGAUUUUUAUAUUUGAAAUAUUUGAAAAUAAGUUUGAGAACUGCCUACUGCAUGUCAACAGGGGUGGGUUUUCUAGCUAGAAAGGAUCUUGUCGGCACCCUGACCAGGGACUACUGACAAUUUAAUUUAUAUAAUGAACCUUUUUGUGAGGACAAUCCACACUAAUUCUCACAAAAUUCUGCAGCACAAAACUUUGCAGAUAUAGGACAGGAUCCAGAUGUCUGUGGAUAUGUGGCACAAAGAGAUGCAUGCAGAAAGCAGUACAUCAUGCAAAACAAACAAAACCUUUUUUGGCUGUUGUUACACACUUUAAUAACUUCUUCCACUGUCUUGAGUCACUUUCUUAAAAGCUUGCUGUGCAGCUAUAUAAAAUAGCCAGGAGUCAGAAAGAAACUGUGCACUACAAAGCCAUGUAGUAUGGAAAUAGGAAAAGUGUCACAGCAGUAGCCAGAAAAACUGCAGAGAUAUAGAACCACCUCAUGGAUCAUGCCCUUUCCUUCACUGUCGCUAUCAGGCAUGUGAGAAGAAGGAAGUGUUUAAGUCUUGUCUGCCACACUAUUCUUUUUUAUGGGAAGCUCUUCUUAACUUGAGAAUGUUAGAACAGCUUUAACUAAAUGGCACACCACAACCUUCUGUUUGUUUUGUUUUUAAUCUUAAAGGGAACAUCCAUUUUGAUUUAAAGAAUCAUUCAGAUUCCAAAUGGCAGUUGUAAACUAUGUGAAGCCUAUAUUAAGUAUCUAUUCAGGGCAUCACAGUAAAUUAUUAAGCCUUUUGAGUGCCCAGCUGUAUAAUUACUUCUCGCCAAAAAUGUUAUUGCUUUAUAUAAUAGGAAGGGCUUAUUGUCAUGAGGUUCUUCUAGUCAUUGUGCCUUACCUUUACUAUUUCUUUCAGUAUAUGCAAAUGGUAUGAAAGUGGGUACUUUUUCUUGUAAAUGCAUUAAAUUUUAUAUUUAAUAUAA